AUGUCCAACAACUUGUCCUAUGGGCAAGGUGGCCAUUAUAGCCCCCAGGAUGUGCCGCCAUCCAACACCAGGAACGACUUUGCAGGCAGUCUGCCAAAUGAUAAAAUACAAACAAUUCACAAGAAAUUGGCCGAGGCGACGGACAUCGCGGGCCAGAAUAUUAACUCGAUGAAGGAUCGAGGCGAAAACCUCGAUGGCCUGCAAGACAAGACCAGCAAUCUGGCGGAUUCUUCCCAACAAUUCCGCCGCGGCGCCAACAGAGUUCGCAAGCAAAUGUGGUGGAAGGACAUGAAGAUGCGCAUGUGUUUGAUUGUUGGCAUCAUUAUCCUCCUGCUUGUUAUUAUCAUUCCUUCCGUUGUUGCCACUCGUCAUUAA